UGCAGGUUGACUUUACGCAGCAAAAAGCACCAAAGUUUGAUCGUGCAUCACCCCAGAACAAUGUAGUGAAGUGACUUUCGACAUCAAAGACAUCAAAAUUCCAAACCAAAAUACAAUGGCCAUCAGCGGCCGCAGGUGGAGGCGCCAGAUCUGCGUUGUGACCGAUCUUUCAGAUCUGGUUGGUUCGGAUUCCAGCCGGCGCCAGGCACCGCCUCCAAUCGGCCAAAAGCUGCUUGACCGCAAGCGCCCAACUUGCACAUCACCGAGUUUUGAUCUCGUCGACAGCGCCCUUCAUCCACGCUGCAUCGCUCGUGUCCCAAAUCGCAGAAUUGAGCAUCAUCGAGGCGUCCGCUUCUCCAGAGACCAAGAUGUCGAUUCCUAUGACGCAAUUGGGCAGUCGUGCCCUCCACCACGAAGAAAACCCAGAAGUAGAGCGCGAAUAUGAUAAUCUACGCGCUCUUGCUCGUGCCGAAGCGGACAAGCGAGGCGAUUGCUACGAACGUUCUAAACGCGCCUACGAAGAUGGUGACGGUGCCAGAGCAAAGGAAUUGUCCAACCAAGGCAAGGCCCACGAUGCCAAGAUGAAGGAAUACAACCGCCAGGCUUCCGACUACAUCUUCCGCGAGAACAAUGCCCCCGGCCGUGUCGACGGCGACAGCAUCGACCUUCACGGACAAUUCGUCGAAGAGGCGGAGCGCAUUCUCGAACAGCGCAUUCGCGCGGAUCAGGCCCGUGGCCAGACACACUUGCACGCUAUUGUCGGCAAGGGCAACCACUCGUCGAACCACCACGUUCAGAAGCUCAAGCCCAAGGUGGAAGAGCUGUGUCGCGAAUUGGGCCUCCAGUACAGCACAGAGGAGAAUGCCGGCAGGAUAUACAUCAACCUCCAGGGCGGAGAGCCUAUCCCGCCACAACACGGCGGGUAUGGAGGCCACCAAGAUCAAUACCAGCCUCCUCACCAUGGACAGCAACAGCACGGUGGCCAGCACCGACCUCCACAGCAUCACCAACAACAUCAAGAGCCAGAGGAGGAGACGGCCGAUGGCCUUAUUCCACUCCUCCUGCAAAAGCUGGAGAAGGCCUGCUGCGCGGUCAUGUAGAGUGGACGCAAAGCAAUACCACGGCGUCAAUGUUGCUAGUUUUGGCUAUUCGAGUGACACUUGGAGAUUCCUCUUUUGCUUUUUAAAUACCUUUGUUUUAGAUACAUACAUAUACCACAUGGGAUCUUGGCUUUAUGCAUUUCUACCAUGAUAAGCUUCAAUAAACAACACCGAUGAGAUCAAAUAGAUCAAAAUCAGAAACUAGUUUAUUCUAAAAAAAACUAAUACUAUUUGUGAAAGAAUGAAACAAUCUAAG